AUGAGGUGGUACGCGUGGUGGAUCAAGGACGACUGCAGCUCACAGACCCUGUGGAACAGCGUGCAGGCGUCCAGCGACGUGCGCAGCAGCGUGCUGGCCGUGUGGGGCCCUGGCACGUCCGGCGCCAGCAGCAGCUUCCAGGACUACGUGCUCAUGGCGGCCAACAACCGCCGCAACCCCUCCUGCGUCAAGACGUACCUGCUGGACUGGAUCAAGUGCAAGGCUGCGCCCACCGACUCGGCCGUUCAGUUUUACAACUCGGCGCUGGGCGUGGGGGUGAGCGGGGUGAAGGAUGUGCGGUCGCUCAACACGUUUGUCACCGCGGUGAUCAAGAAGAUCGGCCAGACCGUCUUCAACACGCUCGCUGCCAUGCUCAGGCAGCGCGGCCUGCAGGCUCAGGUUGUGAUGGCGGGAACAUGGUGCUAG